UCCUCUUCCUCCAGCGGGAGCAAUUUCAAGUCAGCAGUUUGUCUGGAUCUUCCAGCCCCAAGACAGUCCUGUUCCCGCCACGAAGGAGCAAACGCUCUGACAGCCGCCAUUGCUCAUCUGCACGCUUGCAAGCUUCCCCCAGAGGAAGCAUGCAGGGUCAUUGCUUCCUAGACUUAAGCUUGAUUAUGCCAAACUGUAAUGCAAUCAAAAGAUUUCCUUGCAAACCUCACUCCAACUUGUCCCAUUGCUGUCCUUCCAGCAAGAUGGUCAUUGUGAAUCGCUGGUACCCUACUCUCCCAUGCAAAUCAAAACCAGCCUGCUGCAUGGAUGUGCUAGGCGAGAGAAGAGGAGGUUAUUAUCUGGAGGCAAGAGGAUUCCUAAUUGCACAACAAAGCAGUUCCUUGUACACUGCCUUAGAUAAACGCUUCUUUAUUCCAGGGGCUGCAUGAUCUCCCGUGGCGGCCUCUCUCCCACGUCAGUAGGCAGUCAUGAGGGGAGCCGCGUUCAGCCGUUGUGCAGGUCCGUAAGGGGCCUUUGACGGAAUGCUCACUGCGUCCAUUGACACACUGGCAAAUCUGAGGUCACAAGCUUGGCUGGGGCACAUGAGCCCAAUAAAGAGGCUGGCUUUGCCCUCCUGACACAAAGCCAGGCUCUUUAUCAGCUUCAUUGUGUACCUAGGGUCAUGUGCUAACAAAGAGGAUUUCUCUCGUUAUAAUCCCCCUAAUGAUGGCUUCUCCCAGCCUUUCCCCCAACCCCACCGGGCCCCGUGGCUUGGCAAGGCGGAGAGAAUAAAGGCAGCACGGUGCUUGGCUUUUGAACUGAGUUCAAGGCAAUUAAAGUCAAGGGCUAAGGGGAGAAGGAGGGGGCUUCGGAACAGCAGCAUAAUAAGCAGUAUGGCUGGAGUGCUCUGGAAAUUAACUCAAUUAGACGGAGCCUGAUUUAACGGGGAGGGCUGGCGAGAAGCGCUCCCCUCAUUAAAUUUGAUGGUGGAGGAGCUUCUGCCGAAAUUAAAUUUGUGUUAGCUGUCUGAGUCACACAAAUGUGCACGGGCAUGUACGCAUGUGCACACAUGCAGGUUCUGCGAUUUAGGUGGGAAUUUUGAGAGGGAGAGAAAGCGGCUGGAACUGAAAAACAAACAAACAGGAAAAAAGAAAGGAAAAGGAAAGGGAAGGGAAUUUGAGUAAGCGAACGCUCCCGAAUUCAGGAGUGGAAGGCAAGAGGAAAAGCCAGGCAGAACAGAGGUGGGGCGCCUGCUCAGGUCCCCCAAUUACGAAGUCAUGGGCCUUGUGCAGUGGGGGCUUCUGCUGGCUUGCCUGGGUUGCGGGAUUCCGCUCGGAGUUCGGGCUCAGUUUCCCCGGGUCUGCAUGACCUUGGAAGGGGUGCUGAGCAAAGAGUGCUGCCCACCCCUGGGUCCCGAGCUGGCCAACAUCUGUGGAUCUCUAGAGGGCCGCGGGCAGUGCACAGAGGUGCAGACAGACACCAGGCCCUGGGGUGGCCCUUAUGUCCUCCGGAACCAAGAUGACCGUGAACAAUGGCCAAGAAAAUUCUUCAACCGGACGUGCAAGUGUGCAGGAAACUUCGCUGGUUAUAAUUGUGGAGACUGCAAGUUUGGCUGGACUGGCCCCAACUGUGAGGAGAGGAAGCCACGUGUCCUCCGGCAGAAUAUCCAUUCCCUGACUCCCCAGGAGAGGGAGCAGUUCCUGACCGCCUUAGACCUGGCGAAGAAGACUGUCCAUCCGGACUACGUGAUCACCACGCAGCACUGGCUGGGACUGCUGGGGCCCAACCGGACCCAGCCACAGGUUGCCAACUGCAGCGUGUAUGACUUUUUUGUCUGGCUCCAUUACUAUUCUGUUCGAGACACGUUAUUAGGACCAGGACGCCCCUAUAAGGCCAUAGAUUUCUCACACCAAGGACCUGCGUUUGUCACCUGGCACAGAUACCAUUUGUUGUGGCUGGAAAGAGAUCUUCAGAGACUCAUCGGCAACGAGUCCUUUGCUUUGCCCUACUGGAACUUUGCAACUGGAGAGACAGAGUGUGACGUCUGCACAGACGAGCUGUUUGGAGCAGCAAGACAAGACGACCCAACGCUGAUCAGUCAGAACUCAAGAUUCUCCACCUGGGAGAUCGUGUGUGACAGCUUGGAUGACUACAAUCGCCAGGUCACACUGUGUAAUGGAACCUACGAAGGUUUGUUAAGAAGAAACCAAGUAGGAAGAAAUAGCGAGAAACUGCCAACCUUAAAGAACGUGCAGGAUUGCUUGUCUCUGCAGAAGUUCGACAACCCACCUUUCUUCCAGAACUCUACCUUCAGCUUCAGGAAUGCUCUGGAAGGGUUUGAUAAAGCAGACGGCACCCUGGACUCUCAAGUCAUGAGCCUUCAUAAUCUGGUCCACUCCUUCCUGAAUGGAACGAAUGCUUCGCCACACUCAGCUGCCAAUGACCCUGUGUUUGUGGUCCUCCACUCCUUCACAGACGCCAUCUUUGAUGAGUGGUUGAAGAGAAACAACCCUCCCACAGAUGCCUGGCCUCAGGAGCUGGCACCCAUUGGUCACAAUCGGAUGUAUAACAUGGUUCCUUUCUUCCCACCAGUGACUAAUGAGGAACUGUUCUUAACCGCAGACCAACUUGGCUACAAUUAUGCCAUUGAUCUGGCAGUGGAAAAAGCUCCAGUUUGGACCACCACCCUCUCAGUGGUCACAGGAACACUGGGAGCUUUCGUCGGUCUCUUGGGGCUGCUGGUUUUCCUUCAAUACAGACGGCUGCGCAAAGGAUAUGCACCCUUAAUGGAGACACAUCUAAACAGCAAGAGAUACACAGAGGAUGCCUAGGGUGCUCUUGUCUUACCCCAGGAAAGAGGCUGGCCAAGCCAUAGUCCUGGCAUAGGCAGUAACUAAAUAUAUCUUCACUGAUUUUGCUUUCGGUGAAAGUCUCCAGUGUGUUUUCUUCAGGAGUGGUGAUGACCCCAGCAUGAGCUCUUUGGUAGUGAUGAAGACCCCCACAUGUGGUCUUCAGUAGUGAUGGUGACCCCCGCAUCUGAUCUUCUGCAGUGAUGGUGACCACCCCGCCCCUGGCAUAGAUGUUACACAUAGUUCCUGCUUUGCUUGUUGCACAUUGGCAAUGACGCUUGGGCCUAUCAUAUCACCAAAGCGUGGUGGGGUCAGUUAUCUGUGACCUUGAUUAAAAAUCCUUGUAUUGAU